ACUGUUAGCAGAGAGAUAAAGCUCCCCCAUUCCUCUGAGCCGAGCUUCAAGGGAGAGAGCUCGAGUUCACUCAUUGCUGUCCAUUGAUGGACCUUGCUUUCCUCCAGAGCUCGGGUUCACCUCUCUCUUCUUCACCUCAAUUAUCCCAGUCCUUUCCCACUCCCGUCCGCUUCCUGUCACCGUCGCACCGCCGCGCAGGAAUCACCCGCCGGCGACGUCACACUUUCAGCUUCAGAGUACGUUCUUCGUCCAGCCCGGACUGGUCGGAUUGGCAGCGGCUGAGCCAGUCGAUACAGCGCGGGUCUGAGCGUUUCUGGUCGAAAUGCCGAGACUCUUUGAAGAUGGAGACGGGGCUCGACGUGGAUGAGGCUAACACUAAGGCGCGGGAGCUCGCGGGGAGAGUUACGGAGCGGGCGAAGGUGGACGAGGCCGAGUUGACUCGGUUCAGGACUGAGCUGUUGCCCGCCUUUCUCCAGUGGAACCGCUGGGAACGGUGGAAGGACGUCAAGAAUUGGGACCCGAAACGAGUCGGUGCCCUGAUCAUGUACAUGUUUGUUGUAGCAUUUUCGUGUCAAAGAGUGUACGUAGCAGUUCGAGCUCCCUUCCAAGAUCGUCAGCGGAAGGAGUUAACUGAAGCAUACAUGGAGGCAUUGAUACCUGAGCCAUCGCCCAGUAAUAUUAGAAAGUUCAAGAAGGGUGUAUGGAGGAAGUCGACGCCCAAAGGGCUGAAGCUGAAAAAGUUUAUUGAAGGACCUGAUGGGACGCUCAUUCAUGAUCCGUCUUAUGUUGGGGAGGAUGCAUGGGAUGAUAGUGGAGAAUCGUUGCGGCGAGAUUUGAAACAAAUCAUUGACAGUGAUGUGACCUUGAAGGAGGAACAGAAGAGCAAAGUCAGGGGAGAAUUGGCCAUUCGAGAAGAGGUUAAAGAAAAAGGCGAUACAUGGAGAGAAAGAUUAAGUACGUGGAAGGAAGUCCUCAAAAAUGAGCAGUUGAAUGAGCAGUUAGACUCUUUAAAAGCCAAAUAUGUUGUUGAAUUUGAUAUGAAAGAAGUUGAGAACAGUCUGCGGAAGGAUGUCAAAGAAAAGGUAGCAAAUUCACAGGGUGUUAGGGCACAGUGGAUAGCUAAGAGAUGGUGGAGAUACCGUCCCAAACUACCUUAUACUUACUUUCUCCAGAAACUUGAUUCCUCAGAGGUUGCUGCUAUAGUCUUUACAGAGGACCUCAAAAGAUUGUAUGUGACGAUGAAAGAAGGUUUUCCUUUGGAAUAUAUUGUCGAUAUUCCCCUUGAUCCAUACUUAUUUGAUACUAUUUCAAGUUCUGGAGUUGAAGUUGAUCUCCUUCAGAGGCGCCAGAUUCACUACUUCAUGAAAGUUCUGAUUGCAUUGGUGCCUGGGUUACUAAUCUUAUGGCUAAUACGGGAAUCUGUGAUGCUUCUGCAUGUCACUUCAAAGCGAUUUCUCUACAAGAAGUAUAAUCAACUUUUUGACAUGGCAUAUGCAGAGAAUUUUAUUCUUCCAGUUGGAGAUGUUGGCGAGACCAAAUCAAUGUAUAAAGAAGUAGUAUUAGGAGGUGAUGUCUGGGAUCUACUUGAUGAAUUAAUGAUUUAUAUGGGAAAUCCGAUGCAAUACUAUGAGAAAGAAGUGAAGUUUGUCCGGGGCGUACUUCUAUCUGGACCUCCUGGAACAGGGAAAACACUUUUUGCCCGAACACUUGCAAAAGAAAGUGGACUGCCAUUCGUCUUUGCUUCUGGAGCAGAGUUUACAGAUAGCGAAAAAAGUGGCGCAGCUAGAAUCAAUGAAAUGUUCUCCAUAGCAAGAAGAAAUGCUCCUUCAUUUGUAUUUGUGGACGAAGUGGAUGCUAUUGCUGGAAGGCAUGCAAGAAAGGAUCCACGGAGAAGAGCAACAUUUGAGGCAUUAAUUGCACAGCUUGAUGGAGAGAAGGAAAAAACAGGUGUUGAUCGAUUUUCACUCAGACAAGCUGUGAUAUUCAUCUGUGCUACUAAUAGGCCUGAUGAAUUAGAUUUGGAGUUUGUCCGCCCUGGGCGCAUUGACCGUCGACUAUACAUUGGGCUUCCGGAUGCAAAACAGCGUGAACAAAUCUUUGUCGUCCACAGUGCGGGAAAACAGCUUGCUGAAGAUGUGGACUUUGGGAAGCUUGUAUUCCGUACAGUUGGUUUCUCGGGAGCUGAUAUCCGGAAUCUUGUAAAUGAGUCAGCAAUUAUGUCUGUGCGGAAAGGACAUUCCAUGAUCUGCCAGCAAGAUAUUGUUGAUGUUUUAGACAAGCAACUCCUUGAGGGAAUGGGUGUGCUUCUCACAGAGGAAGAACAACAGAAAUGCAAAGAAAGUGUGUCGCUUGAAAAGAAGAAGCUGCUGGCUGUUCAUGAAGCUGGUCAUAUUCUAUUGGCUCACCUGUUUCCUUGUUUUGAUUGGCAUGCAUUUUCUCAGCUUCUGCCUGGUGGGAAGGAAACUGCAAUAUCUGUGUUUUAUCCCCGAGAAGAUAUGGUAGAUCAAGGUUAUACUACCUUUGGCUAUAUGAAGAUGCAGAUGGUAGUUGCUCAGGGUGGUCGUUGUGCUGAACGUGUAAUCUUUGGGGAUGAUGUAACUGAUGGUGGAAAGGAUGAUUUGGAGAAAAUAACAAAGAUUGCUAGGGAGAUGGUGAUCAGUCCUCAAAAUUCAAGAUUGGGGCUGGCUGCUCUUACAAAGAGGGUUGGACUAUUGGAUCAACCUGACAAUCCAGAUGGCGAGCUGAUAAAGUAUCGGUGGGAUGAUCCUCAUGUGGUACCGGCUGAUAUGUCGCUGGAAUUAUCUGAACUAUUUACACGGGAAUUGACGAGGUAUAUUGAGGAGACAGAAGAACUUGCAAUGAAAGGUUUGAUUGACAACCGGCACCUAUUGGAUGUUAUCGCUGAUACACUCUUGGAAACUUCGAGAAUAACUGGACUGGAAGUCGAGGAUAUAAUGAAGCAAAUGGAUGUUCAGAUGUUCAAGGAUUUUGUGAAGCCCUAUCAGAUAAACUUGGAAGAGGAUGGACCAUUACAUCAUAACGACAAGCUGCGGUAUAAACCAUUGGAUAUAUACCCAGCUCCCCUCCACCGAUGCUAACUCUCUCCUUCUUGGGAUGCAAAAUCAUCGGAGGUCUUGAUUUUCUCGUUGUGUGCAUCCAAUGUGGCUGCAUCUUCAAGUGCAGCAGCGGCUGAACUGGUCACCUUUUGUGGAGAAGCCGAGGAUCUUUUUUUUCCAUGUCCUUGGAAGGAGACGUGGGAGAAAGAACUCGCAUUGUCGGACAGCCCUAUGUGAUGCACGAUAUCAAGAAGCUUCCCCGUUGAUGCCCUCGUGCCCAGUUUUUGACAUGGAAAGUCUGGCAGGCCCUCGACCAACAUCUACUCCUUUUUGGUGUGCGUGGCACAAUAUCCUUUUGGUUGAAUUUCGUUGUCUAUAUCAAAUAAGCGUGGGUGAGAGACAGAAAUUUACGUAUGUGCUGCCUUUGACACGGCAAGCAAAUUGUACCAGUUACAUCAGUCUUACUGGAAAAGAGCCGAAGAGAAUUGCAUUUGUGUAGGACACAUUCAUGUAGGAACUGAGAUGUGAAAUGUCGAUGUUCGUGUACAAACUUCACAAAGCCCCACCCAAGACGUAGGCAUGAGGAUUCUCCCAGCCAUUCAAUGAGUAGGGGCAGCCAUGGGCUUGAAUACUCGAUGAGUGUUACUUAUGUAGCAAGAAAUCAAAUUGUCUAUGUGUUCAAUUUUUCAUUUGCAUGCA